AUGGAUAUUUUUAGAGUUCUAACUAGAGGUGCUGCAAUCAACAAAAAAGCUGCUGGUGUCAGCAAAGGAAAUUCUGUAGACUACAGUAAAAUAGGUGCCAGUAACACUCCUUCCAGUGAAAGACAGGAACAUCAAAUGACAAAAGAAUUAGAUUUUUUUCGUAACAAGAAGAUAGUUCGUAAAGUUGAGGAUUUAAAGAAAAAGGAGUCCGAGGAGGUCAAAGAUGAAUCUGAUGAAGAAGACCAAGAAAUUAAGAAUGAAAAUGAUGAUACUACUGAUAACAUGGAUAUUGGUCCAAAGAUCACAAAUAAAAUGGAAGCUGCAGCUCUGCGUAAGUCAUAUAAGGGUAAUCUAACAGGUGAAGAUAUUCCAUUACCAAUAGGGUCCUUUGAAGAUUUGAUUACUAGAUUCUCCUUUGAUAAAAGACUACUGAACAAUUUGAUUGAAAAUCAUUUCACAGAACCUACACCAAUUCAAUGUGAAGCUAUUUCUACGACCUUGAACAACAGAGAUCUGCUAGCAUGUGCUCCAACAGGUUCCGGUAAGACAUUAGCAUUUUUGAUCCCACUAUUACAACAGAUUAUUAAUGAUAAAGAGUCUUUUGGUUUAAAGGGGCUAAUAAUAUCACCUACUAAAGAAUUAGCCAAUCAAAUAUUCAUUGAAUGUAUCAAGCUAUCGAAUAGAAUUUUUUUGGAUAAAAAGAGACCAUUACAAGUUGCAUUACUUUCUAAAUCUUUAAGUAUGAAGUUAAAGAAUAAAAUCAUUAGCGAUAAAAAAUAUGAUUUAAUCAUAUCAACCCCAUUGAGAUUAAUUGAUGUAAUGAAAUCAGAAUCUCUAGACUUAUCUAACUUAAAGAAUAUAAUCUUUGAUGAAGCUGAUAAAUUAUUUGAUAAAACUUUUGUAGAACAAUCAGAUGCAAUUUUGGGUCUCUGUCAAACUAAAAAUCUACGGAAGUCCAUGUUUUCUGCCACAAUUCCGUCAAGUGUAGAAGAGAUUGCUCAUAGUAUAAUGUUAGAUCCAAUCAGAAUCAUUAUUGGUCAUAAGGAAGCUGCCAACUCUAAUAUUGAACAGAAAUUGGUGUACUGUGGUAAUGAAGAAGGUAAGUUGAUUGCUAUAAGACAACUAGUACAAGAAGGAGAAUUCAAGCCACCUAUAAUAAUCUUUUUGGAAUCGAUUACAAGAGCCAAAGCUUUGUACCAUGAAUUAAUGUAUGACAGAAUGAACGUUGACGUUAUUCAUGCUGAAAGAACACCUACACAGAGAGAAAAGAUAAUUGAAAGAUUCAAGUCUGGUGAAUUGUGGUGUUUGAUUUGUACGGAUGUCUUAGCUCGUGGUAUAGAUUUCAAAGGUGUGAAUUUAGUUAUCAAUUAUGAUGUGCCUCGGACCGCGCAAGCAUAUGUUCAUAGAAUCGGUAGAACUGGUAGAGGUGGGCGUUCUGGUAAGAGUGUUACAUUUUAUACGAAAUUAGACUCCACUGCCAUUAAACCAGUAAUUAACGUUAUGAAACAAAGUGGUUGUGAAGUAUCUGGAUGGAUGGAUAAAAUAUCAAAGAUGACAAAGAAAGAGAAACAACAAUUGAAGAGGGGUAAAGGUAAAGAAGAAAGAAAACAAAUCAGUACCGUUCCUAGGGCAGACCGUUUGAAGAGAGUACGUAAACAAGAAAUGAUUGAGGGGUCCAAGAGAAGAAAAUAUAAAGCGGAACACAAAGAAACUGAAGCUCAUGAGCAGGACUAA